GGAAUCAUCCCUCUCCCCCCCUCCAACACACGCGCAGGCUUUUUGGGGGAGGGUGUUUUGGAAAGGUCUCCAUUUGGAGCACUUUGGGGAGAAAUAAUAUUGACAGAGCAAAGGUUACCGGGCGGGAUGAAUCCCCGGCGUUGCGCGGUGAACCAGGCUAGGGGGCUGAGGUUUGGGCACUGCCCAGGACUCAUAAAGAGAGGGGGGAGGGGGUCCUAAAAGGAGGAUCUGUGUCUCCCCAAAGCACAGCCCCCCCUCACCCGCUGCCCUCUUUCCCAGCUGCGCCCCGCUUCCCCGCAAAUGCCCGGCGGUGCCUGAAUGACACGCCGCUCAGGAGGUGCCCAUGGGCUGGCCGAGAUUGAGAAAUCAUUUCACCACCAGAACCUUAACUUUGCCCCAACUUUGCUCAGGUCAACAUUUGGACGAAACCUCAGGGAGUGCAGCGAACGCGGGCGGCCCGUCAGAGACCCAGGCGGAGGAAGAAUUGAAUCGAGGCUGGAAGAUGGCCACAUCUGUGGUCAACUCGGCUGCCGGUGACUAUGAACCUCAGCCCACAAUGGCCGCAGAUUACCAAGACCUCAAAUCCUUGGAUGUGGCCGACGAAAGUGGAAAGCGUUUUGGGAGAGGGCUGCCACCAUCCCAGUCAUCCUGGCGACGCAUCUGCCCCACCAACCGACUGGUCCUGAUCCUGAUGGGUCUGUGCACCAUCCUCGCCCUCUCCGUGGGGAUACUGGGCAUCCAAGGCGUCCAGCUCAGCAGGGAUCAAUGGGGGACCCAGGAGGCCCUCAAAAGCUUUAACAAGACCGUCUCCAGUGGGCUCAGCAUCCUCCAGCGCAAGAGGAACAGCACGAGCUGGAAAUUGGCAGCACUGGAGAAGACACUGAGCACCGACAAUGACAAGAUGGAGAAAGUCAGGAAACUCAUCCAAGGCCAGCUGGAUACCUUGCAAGAAGACACCAGGACGUUCCAGUGUGACCUGGUAGAGUUGAAAAGCAACGGGACUAAAAGUGGCUGCUGCCCCAAAGGCUGGAUUAUUUUUCAAGAGAGCUGCUACUGGAUGUCCAGAUCCACAAUGUCAUGGGGAAGCGCAAAAAGUGACUGCCAAAGGAAGAAAGCCCACCUGGUUGCCUUGAACUCACCUGAGGAGGCAAGGUUUGUGAAUCAGCGAAGGAGGCCAGGUCACACGUGGAUCGGCUUGACAGAUGUGAGCGGGACCUGGAAGUGGGAGGACGGGACGUUGUACACCUUGAAACAAACGGAUUGGAGUGAGGGCCAGCCAGACCAUUGGUACGGCCACGACCUUGGAGGAGGAGAAGACUGUGUCGAGAUUUACCCCAGCGGAUACUGGAAUGACAAUCACUGUUCCCGCUCAUUUGGCUGGGUAUGCGAGAUGGCGCUGAAGAUCUAGAAGGAAAAAGAUCCCAACCCUCUGGAUUCCGCAAGGACUCUCAUGCCUCUGAUUUCUUGAUUUCUUGAUUUCUGUCUCGUCUGCCAAGACUCUUGUUCAUGCAUUGGUUAUCUCUCGGUUGGACGACUGCAACCUUCUUCUCACUGGCCUUCCUUCUUCUCACAUCAGUCCGUUGGUUUCUGUUCACCACUCUGCUGCUAAGAUCAUCUUCUUGGCUCGCCGCUCUGACCAUGUUACUCCGCUUCUGAAAUCUCUUCAUUGGCUUCCAAUUCACUUCAGAAUCCAAUAUAAACUUCUCCUGUUAACCUUCAAAGCUUUUCACGGUCUAGCUCCUUCCUAUCUUUCCUCUCUCAUCUCACACUAUUGCCCCGCUCGUGCUCUUCGCUCCUCUGAUGCCAUGUUUCUCGCCUGCCCAAGGGUCUCUACUUCCCUUGCUCGGCUUCGUCCAUUUUCUUCCGCUGCCCCUUACGCCUGGAACGCUCUUCCAGAACAUUUGAGAACUACAAGUUCAGUUACAGUUUUUAAAGCUCAGCUACAAACUUUUCUUUUUCCUAAAGCUUUUAAAACUUGAUUUUGAUCUUACUUUUAUACUGUUAGUUUUACUCUGCCCUGUGCCUGUUUGGUGCAUUCUCUUCCCCUUCUUAUUGUUUUAUUAUGAUUCUAUUAGAAUGUAAGCCUAUGCGGCAGGGUUUUGCUGUUUUAUUGUUUUACUCUGUACAGCACCAUGUACACGGAUGGUGCUAUAUAAAUAAAUAAAUAAAUAAAUAAAUAAAUAAAUAAAUAAAUAAAUAAAUAAUACUUAAUGGGCUAAGAACUGGCUGCCAUUGGCUGACUGCAUUUCCUAUCAGCCAUGGGCUGGAUGCCUGGGUGGGUGGGUGUCACGGAAUGUUCACAAACAUUUCUAGGAAGGGCUGGACAUGGAAUGUGUACAUAAGCCAACGAAUUCCAGUGCAAAGAGCCUUUGAGAAGCAUACAUUCCAAACUUAUCUCCAGCUUAGUGGGUUGCCAUGGUAAACACACCACUGUCUCCCAGUAUCACUUCCACCAUACAUAAAAGGAAACGGUUGGUUGUUGCAAGGAUAAGGUUAGAAAUAUAUAUAUAUAUAUAGAACACAUUUUUUAGUCAUUAAAAUCAUACUAUGAAGGAUUACACCCGCCUGCAAAAACUUGUUAUGAAAACACCACUCUUAAGAUCAUGCUCUAAUUAAUACCAAAUUAUUAUCCCUCUCUCAUUUACUAUUAUAAUAUAACACACAUUUAUAAUAUAAACAUCAAUCACAUUUUGGGAAGUGUACCCUCCAACUAUGGCCAGAAAGUCCCCCAGUUAUAGGGUUAGGGUUGGGAGAAGUGAGAUGGGGCAGGGUUGAGACCCAGCCCUAUGGGUAAGAAUCUCUUCAUUAUGAAUCUAAAGAAAUCUAUGGUUAUAAAAUUAAUCUUUUUUUAAAAAAAAAAGUAUGAUUUUUUUUAAAGUGUUGCCUUUCUUUGGAAUGGUUGCUCUUACACCUGGGUUAUCAAGGGUUAAGGUGCCCUUGUGAUAUGGUUUUUUUUAAAAAAAAUACAUGUGGAAUCAGUGGGGGGAGAUCAUAGAAUCAUAGAAUAGCAGAGUUGGAAGGGGCCUAAAAGGCCAUCCAGCCCAACCCCCUGCUCAAUGCAGGAAUCCACCCUAAAGCAUCCCUGACAGGUGGUUGUCCAGCUGCCUCUUGAAGGCCUCGAGUGUGGGAGAGCCCACUACCUCCCUAGGUCACUGGUACCAUUGUCGUACUGUUCUAACAGUCAGGAAGUUUUUCCUGAUGUCCAGCUGGAAUUUAGCUUCCGGUCACUUGAGCCCAUCAGUCCGUGUCCUGCCCUCUGCGAAGAUCUCGGUUAGGAUUGUCAUAACCAGCAGUGGUGCAACAGAUCCCACUUUCCCCAGCUUCUGCUGAAUCUGUCACAUAGCUGUUAAAGGCACAGAGCCCCUGUCAGGGCAAGGGACCGAGCACAGCUUGCACAUCUUCCCCACUGAACUCUGCAUCCCAAGAAGAGUUCAAGGGAUCCACAUAAGAACAUUGCAGGUUGCCUUAUUCUGGGUCAGGCCCUGGGUCUAUCUAGCCUGGUACUGUUGACAGCAGCGGCUUGCCCGGAAGGGUUUCAGGCAGGAGUUUUCUAGUCCUACCUGGAGAUGCUGGGGACCCAACCUGGGACCCUCUGUGUGCCAAACAGGGGGGCGGGGGGCUCUACCCCUGAGCUAUGUCUUCUCUGACAAGAUAUUUGAGGCUGCUGUUUCCUGACUGCUUGGUUAGUGAGGCAGCUGGACAACCACCUGUCAGGGAUGCUUUAGGGUGGAUUCCUGCAUUGAGCAGGGGGUUGGACUCGAUGGCCUUGUAGGCCCCUUCCAACUCUGCUAUUCUAUGAUUCUAAGGGAAAGUGGCGGAAUUGUAGUUGCACACUUGAAAAGUUAGAAAGUUAGUUAAAGUUAGUUGUGCACUUGGAAAGGUACUGAAGUUAUCUGCGCACUUGGAAUUUAGUUAAAGUUUCUCCCCUCUUCUUCUGUCUGAAAAAAACUGUCAAGAAAGAAAAAGCAGAGUAAUGCAUGAUGUCUUCCGACUGACAGGGAUGCUGAAUAGGGGUGUGCACCCACGCCCCAAACCACCUCAGAGGCCGAUAUGGAGUCCUCGAAGCAGCCCCGAUCUACCUCGGGGGUUCCCAACCGAAGCUGAGGCAAAAUUCGGGCCCUCCAAGGCAACUUGGAGUUUUCUGGGUGCCAGCUGUGCAGCCGGCACCUAGAAAUGUCUCCUUACUUACUUGGUGCCUCCACCAUCCGCUGCCACUGCUGUGGAUGGUGGAGGCACCAGGUAAGCCCUCCACUUCGGAUUCAGGGUUCAGAUCCGAGGUGGUGCACAGCCUUAAUGCUGAACACUAGCAAUUCUAAGCCAUAAACAAUCUUUGAUCUGAGACAGCUGUUCUAUUUCUAGACCCCAGAACAGACUUUGGCUCACCAAUACAAUGCAAGCCGGCAUUAAACUUAGCCUUGCCACUGUUGUGGCCUUUCUGGCUUUUGCCCGGCUGAGCAAUUCCGCCUCUAUAGCCGCCUUUCAUUUCCGCCCCUGGGGUUCAGAGACAGGUUUUUUUUCUGAAUCAUUAAACACCCAACUGCUCGUGGUAUCAUUUUUGGAGUGCUCAGUUCAUUAUUUGACUCCGUAUCCUAUCAUGUGGAAGUCAUAGCAUACGCAGUACCUUCUCCAUACAAUCCAUAACCUGUGAAAUGAAAUUGCUCUUGUUCAAUCGAUGAUGUGAUUGUGCCCUACCAACCUCAUCGUUAUAGUUAAACCUUUGCAUCUUUGUUAAUUUAUAGUGUGUUUGCUGUUACUAUUCUCAAUAAAUCAGUACCUUCAGCA